AUGCAGGAGGGCCCUGGUGAAGCCAAAGAGGAUGGUCCAGAGCUGGCUCAAGGAGAAACAGCUGGGACUGGGGCAAGGGCUGGGGAGGAGGCGGCCCCGGGGGUUAGAAAAGGGGUGGAGAGAGAGGACCAGGGGGAGGAGGAGGGAGAGCGGAAGUUGACGCUGAGGGAGGAUGGAGAGACAGGCUAUGAAGAUGAGAUAGGGGCCCAGGAAUUGGGUUUGCAUGGGCUUGAAGCAACGUUGAUUCCAGUUUUAGCUUUUGAAUUUAUUUCUCUUCAAGCUUUCUAUGAAAAACUUUCUUGUCCUGAAAAAUAUUGUGGACUAAUUUUUACAAGUCCAAGAGCUGUGGAAGCUGUCAGGAUAUGUCUGGAGGAUACUUCCAAAAAAGAAGAUUGGAAAAAUUGUUUGAGAGAAAAAUGGAACACCAAAUCAAUUUAUGUGGUGGGAAAAGCUACAGCUGGACUGGUAACUGAACUGGGCCUCAUACCUCAAGGAGAAAACUGUGGGAAUGCUGAAAAACUGUCUGGAUAUAUUUGUUCCCGGGAAUCACCCAGUUCUUUGCCUCUGCUUUUCCCAUGUGGUGCUCUCAAGAGGGAAACACUUCCAACCGUACUCAGGGAAAAAGGAAUCGCACUGGAAGGCCUCACUGUUUAUCGAACUACCCAACAUCCUGAUCUGCAAACAUCCUUAAGCAAUUAUUUCUUACAACAGGGUGUUCCUGCUAGUGUUGCAUUUUUCAGUCCUUCUGGUGUCAAAUAUUGUCUGAAGCAGAUUCUGAAGUUGUUUGGUGAUUUCAUUCCCCAAGUUAAGUUUGCUGCUAUAGGGCCAACAACAGCUGAAGCUCUGGAAGCUGAAAGAAUCUCAGUGAGCUGUACUGCCAGAAGUCCUACUCCACAGGAUCUCGCUGCAGGGAUUAGAAGUAGUCUCCAGCUUGAGAGUUGCUAGCACUUUUUGAACUCCACUGUGUUUGAAAUAACAUAGUUUAGUAUUAAUAAUGCCUCUGGAAAAAUGUGUCCUUUAUUGUAUAAGCAUACCUAGCAUUCACAUGAAUGUUCACUUGAUUCUUUGCUCACCUUCAUAUUGCGUUAAUAGUAGUGAAUACAAAUUUCAAUAAAUCUGGAUUGUGAAGAUUGGCUCUGGAGUAGUUACCUUGCUUAUUCUUUUUUUAACCUUCAUGAAUGUGAAGCCUAUUACUAUUCAGUUUUUAAAAACUAUAAUAAGUAAACUUUGGAAACACCGAUUCCUUUUAAUUAAGCUUUAGAUUUAAUGUAUGUUAUUUUUUAAAUAGUCCAGAUUUGUGGUUAACACCUAUACAAUUUUCAAAAUGUAGACUUGUAUAUAUCCAUUUACCCUAUGCUGAUAUAUUCUGUACUUUUUAGUGCCUCCAGCAUUUUUAGUCAUGUGGCUAUUUACAGUACUCUUAUUAUGAGUAAACAGAAGAAAGAAACAUAAAGCCAUUUUGCUGUUGAAUCAAUGGACUGGUUUGGAUUUAGUCCCAUGUUAUGUGUGCUUUGUAUAUCAAAUUGCUCAAUGUACAAAACAGUUAUGUGCUCUGACUGGAAUCAUGUUUACAAUUUGUAUUUUCCUGAGGGAAAAAUAUGGAGUGAUAAUUAUAAUAAAAGUUAUAAAACCCA